AAUCCAGUCUUUGGAGGCCUAGCGGCCCGUCUCAUGUUAGUAUUCGGAAUCAGCACACUCGAUUACCUAUUGUUCGCUAAGUUUUAAGCUAGAAGCGAUUUAUCACUUGGUGUCCUUUCCUCGUAAGGCUAGAUGAAUUUUCAGUUAACAUAAGCAAUUGUGCAGGCUGUGAAGACUUUUGGGAAUAAUUUUUUAAUUCAUGUGCGCUAUGUCGCCCAAACAGCAUUGGAUCAUUCCUCACUUGUACCGAAUAAUCGUACUCCUCCACUCAUCCGAGCACUCGCCUACCGUACUUGUCAUACUGAUCACAAUUUCUAGCAAUAACUUUCAAAAAAGAGUUUCGAUAUUGCUAUAGCAUCGGAUCUAUAUUAUGACACCGCUUAUUACCUGUGUUGAUAGAAAGGUUGUGGAAAAGCAGUCAAGAAGGCUGUGAGCGUAGUAAAAACCAAUCCAGACUUGUAAGAGUUAUUCUUCCCUACAACUAACAAUCAGUAGUAAAACUCAAUCAUUGGUAAUUGAGAAAUUUUAAUCAACUGUCUUAGUCUUAACUUUACUUGCACUUCGUGCUGAUAAAUCGCAAUUUUAAACAAUUUUAACACCAAUUUUAAUUUGGCUGAUUGUUGGUUGAUAUUGCAACUAAGCAUUGUUAUCAUUGAAGUACAUUAAAAUUUUCUCUCAAAUAUGUGUAGACACUCGUAAAAUAUUCACAAUUAACAUAUAUGUAUAUGAGUGAAUAAUACAAUCAUUGUAACGUUCAUUUUCUUCAUGUAAAAAGAGGAUAUUUUUGCUAUUAAGCAAUUUUAAAAUUUUUUUCUUGUUUUGUUUAUUUACGCUAGGCCUACUACUAUGCUAGAAGCCAACCUUUUGUCUGCUAUAGUUUACGAGAUAUAACUCUUGUUUUUCGGCGUUGGUUGGUCUUUGUCGCUGUCUACUGAGAGAAAACAAAUUUUUUUCAAUAUAUUUAGUCUUUCAAGAGUAAUAUUGCUUUUCUAUCUUGUAGGCCACAUCUUUCUCUAUAAUCUCACAUCAUUUGAUUCCAGAAAGAGACAAAUUCCAAUUUGAAAAAGCUGAUCUUUGCUCUUUUACGUACUUUGAAAUUUAUGUCCGGUGAGAUUUCAAAGCGUAAUGUAGAGCUAAAGAAAAAACUGGAAAUGAUUGUUAAUAAGUAGAAUCGAUACAUCUUUGAAUGCGUAACGAAUUGAUAAGAAAAUAUAAUUUGAAAAGUACUUUCUCAUUUAUAGAAAAUUCUAUUGUAUUGUUGAAAAUAGCGGCUUUACCCACAAAAUGUCCGGUGAGACUUUCGAUUUUGUUUUUUAGCUAUCUCGAUAAAUAAUAUUCCGAUCAAGAUCAAACUUUAAUCAUUUUUAGAUCUCAUGAGGUUUGAUAUUUAGUAACAAGAUGAACUUGAAAUAUUGCAUCGUUUAAGAGAACUUUGAAAAAUACACAAAAAUAUCCGGUAAGAUUUCUACAUGCUUAUUUUCAAUGAGAAUAGAACCAAAUUCAACUUAUGACACAUCAAUCAAUUCGACUGAAUGUGCUCUAUUCAACCACGAAGCUCAAAAGUAUUAGUUCAGCAAAUGCUAGUCAGGGCCCUAAAUUGCGGGGUGGGGGUGUAUACCCCCCCCAAAAUAAAAAUUUGUCUUCUCCUUCAAGAGGAAAUUAAAAUUUUUUUUUCUUUGUUUUUGGUCGCAUAGCGAAAAAAUUUUUUCUUACAACAAAACAAUUUUUCGCUGCGUGAAGCUUUAAAAAUCUUUUACACCCCCUCCGAAAGUUGACUUCCUAUUUAUGACCCUGGCGGCAUUUCCAAUGGGAAAUCUACAUGAUAAAGUUUUGGAAGUGGCAUCAUUGGAUUUAGCUCAUCAAAAUCUAUCGAUCCAUGCAUAAUACCUAUUAUUUCUCUCAAGUAUAAUUGGGUUUAUCUACAAUCACCUUGGGGAUUCAGCUUCUUAUAGCACCGAAAACACAUUUUCUUGCUGCUUUGAUUAUAAAGUGUUGGGAAAAAGGUUUCCUAUUUGAUAUCUGGUGUAGUAAAACUCAACCCGACACUCUGAACAUCUUUUUGUAAGCAACUUAUUUUUGGAAAAAUUUUUUUAAAAUGGUACGAUGGCUAUACCAUUCACUCAUAUAUAUAUAUAUAUAUAUAUAUCCAAGUGCGAUAUUAUUAGUUACUUUCUGGAUCUCUGAAAACCAUGUUUAAAAUCCCAUCAUGAGAACAUCGUGCCCGAUUUGGAUUAUCAAGAUGUGGAAGCGUUUGUCCAUAUUCCACCAUGUUUUUAUCUUUAUUGGUGAUUAGUAAAAUACUUUUUUCUGUUAUGUUUAUAGUGAAUUUACAAAUUUACUUAGUCUGCUGUCAAGGAUCCUGUUCCUUUCAAGUCAUAUUUUGUUACUGCACGCAAGUUCCUCUUAACAUGAAGGUAGAUGAGAAGUUGGAAAAAACAAAAAUAAGAAUCAGUUUUCUCACGAACUAUGCACUUUUCCAAAAUUAGAUGAUCUCGUGCGAUACAACGAUUUUAUGGUAGGGGCGAUCUAUGUGAUUUUGAGUAGUGGUGUACCAUAGCAUAUAAACGAGAGAAAAAAAAAGAAAAAUAUCCAAUGUCAUAAAACAAUCAUCGUAAAAUAUUUAGAAACACUUCUCAGAGUUUGAUACACAAACAAAAGCGUUCCAUUCUGUGAAAAAAAUGCGUUUUCUCUUGUUUUGAAAUGAAAACUGGAGGAUGAACGCACGUCUUAUUUCUAUUGAUUUUGUUUCGUUUCAAAACGAGACUGUCAAAGCAAUAAUAGAAAACUUUUUAUAGAAAAUUUAGGAUUAAGUCGUUCGUGACACAGAGAAACAGCAAAGAAAAACAAAAGGAGAGUAACACAUUUGACUCAGUUAUUUGAUGAACGUAUACAAAAUAGUUUCUUUUAAGCAAUUUAUUCUUAUAAAAGUUUGAUGGUUAAUUUAUUUCCAAAAAACAAAAAUGAGAGAUGAAAAUUUACUUAAUAUGAAUAUUGACAAAUGUCGCUAAAAGUAUAAUAAGUAACAAAAACAAAAAAACUUGUCAAAUGUAAAAGUGUGUGUAUGUAUAUUUGAACCAUAUUUUUUUCAUCUAAAAAUGAUAAUAUAGAAUAAAUUAUCUUCGGUUGACAAGCUAUUUUAUUUCAUGAUCUAGUAUACUUUUUUUUUUAUAGCUAAAAAAAUAUUUUGCCAUCACUAAUUUAAAUGUGAUACAUCCAUCUUUAUAUAGUUUUUAUAUAGAACAGUGUUAAAUUACACUUUUAUUUAUAGAUUUGAACUGACAGGAUCUCCGGAUGAACACACAAAUAGAAGCAUAAAAUGAAUGUCAAUAGAUGAACGGUUUGCUGUUAUUUUCACUUGGGUUUUUUAUUCUCAAUGAAAAUUUUCUCUAACUUUAUGAAAGAACACGUUAACAAAUCUUGAUAAUCAUGUCCUUGAUUUUAUUAAUAUAGUCAAUAGAUGAAAACAAACUGUUUCUAUCUCUCUCUCUCUCUCUCUCUCUCUCUCUCUAUCACAUUUCUAAAAACAAUAUAUUAUCAAUUACGUUGCAACAAAUUUUGUGAAUAUUAUUAUUAUUACAGUGUUUUUGAUCAAUGACAGAGACUAUUUUUAUUAUAUAAUUUGAUCGAAAGCAAAAAAUCGACACGAGCGAAAGAGAAUACAAAUAGACUAUAUUUGAUUCUAGAAAAGGUUUUUAUGUUAGGGCUUGUGUGCAAAUAUUUCUAGUACUAUAGAAUGAAUUUUCAAACGAUGAGAGAUAGAGAGAGUGAGAGAGAAGGAGAUGAGACUAAUUUCCAUUAUUAAGUAAAAAAGAAUAUUUAUCUAUACAGAUUAAGAGAAAAAACAUCGAUAAUAUAAGUUAACAGAACUAGAAAUAAAAUUUCUUCUAUUACAGUCACUAUAUUUUGUCUAUAGUUAUGUAGUUUUGUUUUGUUACUCUUGAACAAAAUAUAGCAUGAUGAUUUUAUCUAUUGUAAUCUUAAUUAUCUUUUUCAUAUAUUCUAAAGCUUAUAAUCUAUCCGAUGGUCAAAUACAAUGUUAUAAUAAUUGUAAAUUUCGUCAAUCAUUUGAUGAACAAUUAUUAUUAGAUCAAAAUUGUAUAGAAUAUAUUAAUAGUACAAAUUGUUAUGUUGAAAUAACAUUUGAUUAUAAAGAGCGACAGGUUCAAUUGUCAUUUGGGAAAUCUCAUACGGGUCAAACGAAUACUAGUGCUGCUGGUACGAAUGCUGAAAUUAAUUUUAUAAAAACGACCAGAAUGAAUUUAUCUCAUGAUCAUAGAAUGACCGAAAAUAAUCUGAUCUAUACGUGCAAAACAUAUGAUAAUUGCGAGAAAGCAUAUGCAGAAAAAAUAUUCGAUGAAUAUAUUCAUAUAAAUUUUAAUAAUUUAGAAGAGCAGUUAUCAUCUUUAUUGUUUGAUAAUGAAACAGAUUUAACAACAAAUAAUUUAAACUGUUGGGAUAGUCAAUGUACAAACGAUGAAUUAUGUGGUAUUCAUUAUCAUUUACCAUUUAAUCAAGCUAAUCCAUUUCGUACAUUUUGUGAACCAUCUAGUUAUUCAUAUAAAAUUAAUCAAUCGAUUAUUAUUCUUGAAAUAAUUGAAGGAACGGUAUAUUCACCAACACGCAUCUAUAAAUGUAAUACAAAUAGUUGUAAUUCAGAAAAACGUAUUAGAAAAAUAGAUGAAAUAUUUGAAAAUUAUGGAAUUAUUAAAUCGGAAUCAACAGAAACAGGAAUAAUAAGUGAACAUUCUACACAUAAUCAAUCUUUGACAAAAACAGUUAAAAUAUGGCCGCAUAACAAUUGUUUUCGAUCCAAACAAUUUUCCAUAUAUUCCUAUAUUAUCGUCGUAUUUAUUAUGUUGACGAUAUCAUUAUAG